AUGCGUGGUGGUAUUAGCGUACCACUGGUUAAUUCUGGUAUUCUUAGCGAUGUUGACAUGAUGUUAGAGGCGUUCAAAGAGAAGCGCUCAGUUCGGCUGGUCAAAUUCCAUGAAGUCGCCGUUGAUUUUGAACUGUGCAAUGUCUACGCUGGACGAUUGAAUGUUCCGGAUUUGCUAGAGUUCGCGGAAUGCUUUCUGAGAGCUGCUUUCGAUUGUGCAAGGCCUAGAAAGGAGACCAAAAUUGGAGAAUUAGUUGAAAGGACCUUGACAGAGCGAAUUUUCGGCAUCUACGCCACUUAUGUUUUGUAUUAUGCGCAGCCCACUGACUACGUCUCCAAGAUUCUUGUGACUUCACAAGAUCUUGUCGACCUUAAGCAGUUUGUCACUGAGUCACUACUUCCCGGACGUCAUCUGGACACUAUCGGCUGCAUCUAUAAGCUUCUGGCAGAUGAUGCAUUUAGUGUUGGCGCUUUUCCAAAAUGUUAUGAUCCCGCUUGCCAUCGCGGUUACACCCUACCAUUUUCACCCGACGACGUCGUUGAUGAGGAUGAGAAACAUGCCCCAUUAGAGGCCGCUGCCUCAAUUAUGGAGCAUCCCAUCCUGAAGACAAUGGCGCAUGUGCAGCAAGAAAUGGAGUUAAAACAGAGUCUCAUUUCAGACCGUCCUAUUGUAGCAGAGUUGAAGGACAACUUUUUGAAUCGAUUGACCAACAUAUAUGCGUCCUUAAAACGAGAAGUCGAUAAGAGUGCUGUGACAAAUGAAAAUGGAGUGGUGAUAAGUGGCGCAACCGAAGAACUGGCUCAAGGUCCAAGUCGGUCGUCGAUAAAGGACAAGGCUUACGGUUCGUCUAUACAAUACGCGAGAAAUCGACGCUAUGCAGAUCCGAAUAUGCACGAAAACUUUCCUGAUGCUGGAAAUUGUGAUGAGGAAAAGGAUGAGGAUUUGACAGUUUCUGAUAGCCAGCCGGCUGCGGAUGUAGCUUCUCCUCCGAAGAGGAAGAGGAAACCUAGGAUAAAACUGAUAGGGGCUAAACCUCCUGAUGCAGCUGAUGGUACUCCUGGUGAAAGUUCUAAAGAAGUUGCACCUUCACCUCAACGUCGUCAGAAAAUGAGAGCGCCUAAACGUGCCAAAGGUGUACCAUUAUCAAGUGAAGCGAAACCUCUCUCGGAUGAAGUUCAACCCGAAAUAACAACUCCUGUCGAAGAGCAAGUCACAAGUAAAGUAGUCAGAGUGGAACCCGCUUCAUCAAAUAAGCAACCAGCUCGACCUCCUGUAGAUCCUGAAUUCGAAGCUGAAAUGAAGCGCAUUGAAGCGCUACUGGAUGAUAGCCAGAGCCAGCGAGCCAAGGAACUUCUCGGUUGA